GUUUUUCGUGAUAGAAAUUUUUCAAAGUUAAUGUGCAUUAGCUAGUGAAGAAGAAGAAGAAGACUAAAGAAUAAUGGAAGGAACCUGUUUUCUCCGUGGGCAACCUCUCACAACAAUACCCUCUCUUCCCAGCAGAAAAGGGUUUCUUCUCCAAAGAUGGAAGACCAAUCGGAUUGUCAGGUUUUCAGGUUUAAAGAAUCACUCGGUUUCUGGAAAGUCCAGGUCUUUCGAUCUUAGCAUCAGGGCUUCAGGUCCUGUAAGAGCAAGCUCUGCAGUUACAGAAGCAAGCCCUACCAACUUAAAUUCCAAAGAAGAAGACCUUGUCUUUGUAGCCGGUGCUACUGGUAAAGUUGGUUCUAGAACUGUGAGAGAGCUACUGAAGCUUGGGUUUCGGGUAAGAGCUGGAGUUCGAAGUGCUCAGAGAGCAGGAAGUCUUGUGCAAAGUGUUAAGGAAAUGAAGCUCCAGAACUCGGAUGAAGGAACUCAACCUGUAGAAAAGCUUGAAAUUGUGGAGUGUGACUUGGAGAAGAAAGAUUCAAUACAGCCCGCAUUGGGAAAUGCAUCAGUGAUUAUAUGCUGUAUCGGUGCUAGCGAGAAAGAGAUCUCUGAUAUUACCGGCCCUUACAGGAUUGAUUACCUCGCCACCAAAAACCUUGUUGAUGCUGCAACCUCUGCAAAAGUUAAUAACUUCAUUUUGGUGACAUCCUUGGGGACAAAUAAAUUUGGAUUUCCCGCUGCGAUUCUCAACCUAUUCUGGGGAGUUCUUUGUUGGAAGAGAAAAGCUGAAGAAGCGUUGAUUGCAAGCGGUCUCAAUUACGCAAUAGUAAGACCUGGGGGAAUGGAGAGACCGACUGAUGCAUACAAAGAAACUCAUAAUCUCACUCUUUCGCUAGACGAUACAUUGUUUGGUGGUCAGGUCUCAAAUCUCCAGGUGGCAGAGUUGCUUGCUUGCAUGGCAAAGAAUCCUCAACUUUCUUUCUCCAAGAUUGUGGAAGUUGUUGCUGAAACAACUGCACCAUUAACUCCAAUUGAAAAGCUUCUUGAAAAGAUUCCUUCCAAACGUCCUUAUGUGCCUCCACCGAAGGCAUCAGUUGCAGCCAAAGAGGUCAAACCAGUCCCUACUAAGCCUGUCACUCAAGAGCCAAUUGCUCCCAAGGAGGAUGAAGCACCCCCAAAAGAAAAAGAUGUGAAACCAAGGCCGCUGUCUCCUUAUGCCGCCUACGAAGACUUGAAACCUCCAACAUCUCCUAUUCCAAGUUCGACCACGUCAGUCGGUCCUGCCAAAUCUAAGGAGGUAGAUGCCACUCAGGUUCCUGUUGAGGCCAAUGCAGUGCCAGUGCCAGAAGUAGGAGAAUUAAAGCUAGCUGUAGAAGAAGAAGAAGAAGAAGUAAAGCAAGCUGAGGAAAAGAAAGAGAGGCCUCUUUCCCCUUAUGCCCGCUAUGAAGAUCUAAAACCACCCUCAUCGCCCUCUCCUACAGCUUCGGGUACCAAAAAGAAUGAUUCUUUGUCGCCUGGUCCAACAGAUUCUGAUACUGAUAAAAGCUCAACAGUUGCAACAAGUGCCACUGAGACAGCAGUUGAAACAAGUGCCACAGAGACAGCAGUUGAAGCAAGUGUCACUGAGACAGCAGUUGAAACAAGUGUCCCUGAGACAGCAGUUGCAACAAGUGCCACUGAGACAGCAGUUGCAUCAAGUGCCACUGAGACAGCAGCACCAGCCACACCAAGAAUGAGGCCUCUUUCUCCUUAUGCAGUUUACGCAGACCUGAAACCACCAACCUCACCAACUCCUGCAUCAACUGGUCCCAAGGAAGCAGCAUCUGAGAUAACAGCAUCUGCAGAAGAUAACUCAGAGUUGCGUGGAGGCAAUAAUGAUGUGCUGAAAACAGUUGAUGGAAGUGUGAACACUACUCCAUCUUCCUCUAUACCGGAAGCAGUACCUGUUGUUAGCAAUGCGAUAGACACUUCCCUUGCUUCAGAAGACAAUAUAGCUCAGCCAAAGCCAAGGCCUUUAUCACCUUAUACAAUGUACGAGGACAUGAAGCCUCCAACAUCACCACUUCCUUCUCCAGUCAUGAAUCAUUAGUUAUGCGAGACGAGAAUUGGCCUCUUAAACCAUGGAGCUUCUUCUUAAUUGCAGAUUAUAACCAGUGAGUGAGUGAGAGAGAGAUGGGGCAAUUCAGUUUUGCAGUAGAAGAAUACAAUAUUCAUCAAUAUGCCUUAUGAAAGAGUUUUACUAUUUUUUCUGCUGUUCAACGAUCAAUGAAGUAACCAUAUUGUU